GGAAGAAAAGGGCGAGGAAAACGCCCUGGUGCCUGCGGGUGGAACACUGGAACUUUUAUCGGCGAGUUGGGGAAAAAACGCAUGUCUGAGUGAGCGGGAGGCGGUUAACUGGAGUGUAACGAUUAGCCGAAGGGCUACAUCGAUCCCACAUCGAUCCAACGGGCCACAUCGAUCCCACGGGCCCCGCUCCUGCGCGCGGCCAGCUCGUCUUCGGGACGCGGGGAGCCUCCGCUUUCGGGAACCGCUUCUCUCCUCGUCGCGCACACCGAGCCCGCUGGAAGCCCGCCGGGUGGGCUGAGAGCCCCGAGGCGGCCCCGCGAGGGCCAGGCCCGCGCCCGUUAGCCACGAACUAAGCGCGUUCGCGUGUGAACUCACGCAGAAGUUUUUGGAGAACAAGAAAGAACCAAAAACAAAAAAAGCCCGUCAGGUUUGACUGAACUUUUUUUUGCUGUAAACACCGACUGUGCAGCCAUGUCGCUCGGCGCGGAGAGGAGGAUGGAAGCCCGGCUGAAGAAGCUGGAGGACAUGAUCAGAGACCCCCGAUGUGCCAUAAACCUGGAGAGUUUGCUGGACUCCAUCAACGCCCUGGUCUUGGACUUGGACUACCCCGCACUGCGCAAGAACAAGAACAUCGAAACCUUCCUCAUCAGAUAUGAGGCGGUCAUCAAACAGACUCGAGACCUCCAGAUGAAAUCGGAAGACUUCGACAGAGUCAAAGUCAUCGGUCGAGGGGCUUUUGGUGAAGUGCAAUUAGUCCGGCACAAAGCCUCUCAGAAGGUUUACGCCAUGAAGGUGCUGAGCAAGUUCGAGAUGAUCAAGCGCUCGGACUCUGCUUUCUUCUGGGAAGAGAGGGAUAUCAUGGCCUUUGCCAACAGCCCCUGGGUGGUGCAGUUGUGCUGUGCCUUCCAAGACGAGCACUACCUCUACAUGGUGAUGGAGUACAUGCCGGGAGGCGACCUGGUCAACCUCACCAGCACCUACGACGUGCCGGAGAAGUGGGCCAAGUUCUACACGGCGGAGGUGGUGAUGGCCCUGGACGCCAUCCACUCCAUGGGCUUCAUCCAUCGGGACGUGAAGCCCGACAACAUGCUGCUGGACAGACUCGGGCACCUCAAGCUGGCCGACUUUGGCACGUGCAUGAAGAUGAACUCGACCGGCAUGGUGCACUGUGACACGGCUGUGGGGACCCCGGACUACAUCUCUCCGGAGGUCCUGAAGUCCCAGGGAGGAGACGGGUAUUAUGGGAGAGAGUGUGACUGGUGGUCCGUAGGGGUGUUCAUCUUCGAGAUGCUUGUUGGUGACACGCCGUUCUACGCCGACUCUCUGGUGGGAACCUACAGCAAGAUCAUGGACCACAAGAACUCCCUUAACUUCCCCGACGACGUGGAGAUCUCCAAAGAUGCCAAGAAUAUCAUCUGUGCCUUCCUGACCGACAGGGAGGUGCGAUUGGGCAGAAACGGCGUGGAGGAAAUCAAGCGUCACCCUUUCUUCAAGAACGACCUGUGGACUUUCGACACCAUCAGAGACACGGUGGCCCCCGUGGUCCCGGAGCUGAGCAGUGACAUAGACACCAGUAACUUCGACGAGAUUGAAGAUGACAAAGGCGACGUGGAGACGUUCCCCAAACCUAAGGCCUUCGUCGGAAACCAGCUCCCCUUUGUUGGCUUCACUUACUUCAAAGAAGACCAGUGAGUCAGAAUCAGUAUGAAUGCUUCCAACAACGUCCUGGUGACCCACGACGAUUCCAAAGGCGAGUCGGCGGCGCUGCAGAAGAAACUGCGUCACCUGGAGGUUCAGCUGAAUAACGAGAAGCAGGUCAAAGGCGAUCUGGAGAGCAAACACAGAGCUGCCACCAGCCGCCUGGACAAAAUCUCCAAAGAGCUCGAGGAAGAGGUGAGCGGCAGGAAGAAACUGGAGGCGGCGCUGAGGCAGCUGGAGAGAGAGAAGGCCCUUCUGCAGCACAAGAGCCUGGAGAGCAGCCGCAAGGCCGAGGGCGAGGCCGACAGGAAGCGCUGCCUGGAGAGCGAAGUGAGCAGCCUUCGAGACCAGCUUGAUGACAUGAAGAAGAGGAACCAGAAUUCCCACAUUUCCAACGAGAAGAACAUCCACCUGCAGAAACAGCUGGAGGAAGCCAACACGUUGCUGCGGGCCGAGGCGGAGGCGGCGACGAGGCUCCGUAAAACCCAGACGGAGAGCAGCAAGCAGCUGCAGCAGCUGGAGGCCAACGUGCGCGAGCUGCAGGACAAAAGCUGCCUGCUGGAGCGCAGCAAGUUGAGCCUGGAGAAGGAAUGCAUUAGUCUGCAGGCCGCGCUGGAGGCGGAGAGGAGGGAGCACAGCCAGGGCUCCGAGACCAUCAGUGACCUAAUGGGACGCAUCUCCAGCCUGGAGGACGAGGCCCGCCAGCAGAGACAGACUCUGUCCAAAACCGAGACCGAGAAGAGACAACUUCAAGAAAAACACACGGAUCUGGAGAAGGAGAAGAGCAACAAGGAGAUUGAUCUAACCUACAAGCUGAAGGUGGUGCAGCAGGAGCUGGAGCAGGAGGAGGCCUCUCACAGGGCCACCAGGGCGCUGCUGGCAGACAAGAGCAAGAUCAAAGUAACCAUCGAGGGGGCCAAGUCGGAGUCCAUGAAGGAGAUGGAUCAGAAGCUGGCGGAGGAGCGGGCGGCCAAACUCAGGCUGGAGAACCGGAUCCUGGAUCUGGAGAAGCACAGCAGCAUGAUGGAUUGCGACUACAAACAGGCUCUGCAGAAACUAGACGAGCUGCGCAGACACAAGGACCGACUGACCGAAGAGGUGAAGAACCUGACGCUGAAGAUCGAGCAGGAGACCCAAAAGCGCAGCCUGACGCAGAACGACCUGAAAGCCCAGAACCAGCAGCUCAACUCUCUGCGGACCUCCGAGAAGCAGCUCAAGCAGGAGGCGAACCAUCUGCUCGACAUCAAGCGCAGCCUGGAGAAGCAGAACCAAGAGCUGCGCAAAGAGAGACAGGACACGGACGGGCAGAUGAAGGAGCUACAGGACCAGUUGGAAGCCGAGCAGUACUUCUCUACGCUGUACAAGACCCAGGUCCGUGAACUAAAGGAGGAGUGCGAGGAGAAGAACAAACUGCACAAAGACGCACAACAGUCUCUGCAGGAGUUACAGGAGGAGAGGGAUUCAUUGGCGGCCCAGCUGGAGAUCACACUGACAAAGGCCGACUCGGAGCAGCUGGCGCGCUCCAUCGCCGAGGAGCAGUACUCUGACCUGGAGAAGGAGAAGAUAAUGAAGGAGCUGGAGCUGAAGGAGAUGAUGGCCCGCCACCGCCAGGACCUGUCUGAGAAAGACAUCACCAUCGGCUCACUGGAAGAAGCCAACAGGACCCUGACCAGUGAUGUCGCCAACCUAGCCAAUGAGAAGGAGGAGCUGAACAACAAACUGAAGGAAGCGAUGGAAGAAUCUGAAAAGUCAAAGGAUUGGGAGCAGCAGAUCAGCCAGAUGAAGCAGAGCUUCGAGAAGCAGCUGCAGUCAGAGAGGACGCUGAAGACUCAGGCCGUCAACAAGCUGGCGGAGAUCAUGAACAGGAAGGAGCUCCGCGGCGGAGGCAGUCGCCGGGGCAACGACACGGACAUGCGGCGGAAGGAGAAGGAGAACAGGAAGCUGCAGUUGGAGCUGAGGUCUGAGAAGGAAAAGCUCAACAGCAGCAUCAUCAAAUACCAGAGGGAGAUCAACGAGAUGCAGGCGCAACUGUCUGAGGAGAGCCAGAUGCGCAUUGAGCUGCAGAUGGCCCUGGACAGCAAGGACAGCGACAUUGAGCAGCUGAGGAACCUGCUGCAGUCGCUCAGUGUCCAGUCCAUGGACUCUGCCAGCGUCUGCAGCGGGCCGGAGUUUGACACUGACGACGCGUUCACAGAAAUGAGGCUGGAGGGCUGGCUCUCUCUUCCCGUGAGAAACAACACCAAGAAGUUUGGCUGGGAGAGGAAGUACGUUGUGGUGAGCAGCAAGAAGGUUCUCUUCUACAACAACGAGCAAGACAAAGAGCAGUCCAUUCCCUACAUGGUGCUUGAUAUAGACAAACUCUUCCACGUGAGGCCCGUCACUCAGACCGACGUGUACCGUGCCGACGCCAAAGAGAUUCCCAGGAUAUUUCAGAUUCUUUAUGCCAACGAAGGCGAGAGCAAAAAGGAGCCCGAGUUCCCCGUGGACCCGCUGCCCAUCGGAGAGAAGUCCAGCUACAUCUGCCACAAGGGCCAUGAGUUCAUCCCCACGCUCUACCACUUCCCCACCAACUGCGAGGCCUGCACCAAGCCGCUGUGGAACAUGUUCAAGCCGCCGCCGGCCCUGGAGUGCCGGCGCUGCCACAUCAAGUGCCACAAGGACCACAUGGACAAGAAGGAGGAGAUCAUCGCUCCCUGCAAAGUGAACUACGACGUUUCCUCGGCCAAGAACCUGCUGCUGCUGGCCGUGUCGCAGGAGGAGCAGCAGAAGUGGGUGAGCCGACUGGUCAAGAAGAUUCCCAAGAAGCCUCUGCCGCCUGAGCAGUUUGCACGCUCCUCGCCGCGCGCCUCCAUGAAGGUCCAGCCCAGCCAGUCCAUGAGGAGACCCAGUCGACAGCUGCCCAUCAGCAAGAGCAGAUCAGAGGACUUUUGUCUUCAGGACUGGCACUGGUCCCUGGAUGAUAUCCAUGAUGAUUGCUCCUCUAUUCAUUUCUGAGCACCACUUGCGGUAGCAGUGUGUGCUGUGCAGUGCGGUGCUUUCAGUGGCGGUAGGAAAGCUGUCCCCACAGCCGUCUCCGUCGGUUUAGCACAGCUGCUGUCUGCUGUCUCGAUUUGCUGUGGUUUUCUUUUCUGAGAGUCGUGCUUGUUCUCUUCUACCUUUUGGGAAAACGGGCCACCCGUAACUUAGUUGUUGGGGGUGAAGCCGAGGAUGAGAAGCUGCCCUUCUGUAGUCCCGUCCUCCUGUUGACGUUCUCCUUCGCGUGUCCCCCCGUGGGGACACCUAUGUUCUCUGGCCUCAGCCCCCGCAGGUCAAACGGCUUCAACAUGAAGCAGGAAGAAUCCCGCAGCGGUGACGACCGAGACCGUUUCCCCUGUUGAGUGUGUGUGUGUGUGUGUGUGUGUGUGUGUGUGUGUGUGUGUGUGUGUGCUUCCAUGUUAUUUUGCACUAUAUGUCCAGACCACGUCCCCCAGGUGGUCCCAGGUUGUGGUGGUGCUGCAUGUGCUUGUCGUGUUGAUGCUGCUGGGUGUUUUUAAAGAACAUGUGCAAGGUGUUGAAACUGAUUCACUUUUACUUAUAAUUAUUCAUUUUGUGGCAAAUGUCACCUUUUUUCUCAAGUAGUCGUGCGAGUGACAAGUAUCUCAUAUUUGUAUUUAAGAUCCACUCACUAUAUCUUAGUUGGUAGUAAAGGUGCAAUAAAGUGAUGUAUGAAGGAAGUAGAGAAAUGUGUGCUCCUAAAGUAAAGGUGGAAAAUGUUCUCCAGGAUGAACUUUCCCACGUACAUGUUUCCCCUUGAGAAAGUUUACAUAAUAUAUCCAUACUUUAUGUUUAAAUAAAACUAACACUAGCCUGGAAUAAUUGUAUUACAUUUUAUUAAAUUCAGGGCAUGUGCAUGUGGUGCACAUCAGCCUCUUGUGGAAGAGUUGAGUAUUACAACAACAAACAUUCACUUGAAAGAUUUCUUUUUAUUUCUUUUAUCUGCAGUCAUGGACACCGGGGAGGAAACCCCGGUCGACUAGCGAUGCAUAAAACGAGGACCUGCUUGUGUUCCUGUGCUCCCAAGGGGCUUCGCUGACCCGGCGUGCACAUACAGGACCAUGUGACUGAAAACCAAAGGCUAAUCCUGUAUCUGUUCUGUCUCUCU